AUGAAUAAUAUAUGUACAAGUGUAGUUGUAAACAUUUUAGAGUUUUUUCCAUGGUUGGAUGAUAUAUUUAAUUUAAUGUAUUUGAAUAAAACAUGGAGAGAGAACAUUUUGGAUGUGAUAAUAAACACAAAUUUUAUAAAUGUUAAAACAAUUUUGAGGUUAAAAAAUAAAAAGUAUAUUUUAUUAAUUUUAAAGUAUAUGAAUAAGAAGAAUAAUAUUGAUAAGGACAUAAGAAAUUUAUAUUGUCUACCUGGUGUAGAGUAUUUUGAAUUAUCUCCCUUUGAAAACGUAUUAGAAUUAAUGAUUGGCUCAUGGAAUUUGGAUCCAGUGUUUUUUAAUAACAUCCAGCAAAUUUUUCCAAGAUUAAUUUAUUUUACCUUAUUAGUAAAAUCUCCUAUAUGCAUAGCUUUAUUAAAAAAUUUUUGUUACAAUUGCAAGAAUUUAAGAUACAUUAUAUUCAUAUUUAUAAAUAAUAAAUUAAAGAAAGAAUAUAAAGAGAAGUUGAAGAAAAGAUUAACUAGCUUUUUUCUUUAUUGGAAAAUAAACGUACAACUGAUAACAGAGUGA